AUGCUCUCCAAGCAAGUUCCCUCCCGCCCUAGUCCAGUCCAGUCCAGCUUCAAGGUCAUCCUCAUCAACAACACCACCAACAACUACAACUCGAUCAUCAUCAUGCCUCGCUCAUUCGUCGACCAGGACUUUGUCCUCACCGUCCUCGCCGUUUAUGGCGCCACAAUCGCCUUCAACCGCUGGUUCCCCAACAUCGACCUGAUCGCCGUCGAUGCCCACGCCAAGUCCUACGUCCAGACCUUCACCUCGGCCUCCGAGAGCUCCCUCCUCUACUACAAGCUCUUCCUCGGUGUCGACAUUAUCCGCAACUUUGCCUCGGCCCUCCUCGAGUCCGCCGCCUUCUCCUUUGCCUUGACCGAUGAGAAGUUUGAUCUCUUUUCGUAUGCCCCUCUCUUGUUCCGUAUCAUGUUCGUUAUCACCAAGGACUUCCUCAUGUUGGGCUGCGUCUUUACCGCCCCCGAGCCCAACGACGUUGCGUCCGAGAAGGUCGCCGAGAUGUUCCCUACCUCGGUCUACGUUGAUCAGGGUUUGACCAUUGUUGGCGGUUUGUUGUUGGCUAUUGGUCUUUACAACUGGACCUAUGCCAUUGGUCGCGAUAAGCGCCAGGUCAUCAAGGAGAAGAAGACCAACUAA